AUGAAUGAAAAUUUCUCGCUCACUAAGUUUUUUCCCAGGUGUUUGACAACAUGCCUAUAUGCCUGGACCACAUAUAUAACACUGACAAGAAUCCAUGAAAUACCGAAAUGGUUUCUCACGUUAACAAUAGUUGCGACAUUGACAGUAGCCUUGUACACGUAUUACAAAGUUAUUUCUAGAGGUCCUGGAUCUCCUUUAGAUUUCCCAGACUUAAUAGUCCAUGACCUUAAAGCAGCAGAAAAUGGUCUCGAACUUCCUCCAGAGUAUAUCUCAAAAAGGUGUAUGACCUUAAAACACGAUGGAAGGUUUCGAGUGUGCCAAGUAUGCCAUGUUUGGAAGCCAGAUCGCUGUCAUCAUUGUUCAUCGUGUGAUAUUUGUGUACUGAAGAUGGAUCAUCAUUGCCCGUGGUUCGCCGAAUGCACCGGUUUUAAGAAUCAGAAGUUUUUUAUUCAAUUUUUAAUGUACACUACAUGUUAUGCAUUCUUAGUUCUAAUUUACACCUGUUAUGAGCUCGGUACGUGGUUUAAUUCUGGUAGUUUUAACCGUGAAUUGAUUGACUUUCAACUAUUAGGUGUGGCGCUGUUAGCCGUUGCUGUCUUCAUUACUGUUCUAGCAUUUACCGUUUUCAGCAUUUAUCAGGUUUGUAAAAAUCAAACAACUAUCGAGGUACAUGGUAUGAGAAGAUACCGAAGGGAUCUCGAAAUCAUCAACGAUAGCUAUGGAACAAAUGUAUAUUCAGAGAAUGUAUUUGAUUUGGGUUCCUCAAUGGCCAACUGGCAAGAUAUUAUGGGUUCAUCUUGGUUAGAAUGGCUACUUCCUAUUGAGACCUACAAGUACAAAAAGUCCAAACAUACGAAGGAUGAAAAAGGUUUAUACUUUAAUGUAAGACCUGAAGUACAAGACCGAUUGUUGAGUAGUAGAUGCCUAGAAGAUCGCCUGUUGAGAAGAGUAACUCCAAGACCAUCAUUGGAAACUAAUAGGCCCUCCGUAGAAAUAUUGGUGUAA